AUGCCGGGACCCCACCCGGGGGACAGAGCGUGUCCCUUGACCUUGGUUGCCGGUGGCGGGAAGGACGCUCGGCAGGAAAACAACAGGAUGUCUCUCGGCCCGAGGCCCAGCGAGCGACUGCGAAAGGGGGGGAACGAGAGCGAAAGCCCGCCUCGUUUUGCCAGGCGUGUCAUUGGGUAUAAAGGGGUGCCCGCCUGGCCUGGCACCUUUGCAUCUCUCUUUGGGAACGGUGGCAAGGCCAGCAGGGUUGUGUACGUCUGUUGCCCGCCCGACAUCUUCCGUGGCCUGAUGCUCCAGGCGCACCGGGAAGGGCUGACCGCCGGCGAGUAUGCCUUCUUCUACAUGGACCUCUUCGGGAGCAGCCUCCAGAGCUCCCGGUUUCCCGACCCGACCCUGCCUUGGCGACGUGGGGAUGGGAACGACGGGGCGGCCCGUGAGGCUUACAAGGCUGUCAUGCUCAUCACUUACACCGAACCCCAAAAUCCGGAAUACCACUCGUUUCUCCAGGACAUCAAACGAACCUCCCAGGAGCAGUUUAACUUCACCAUGGAAGACGGACUGGAAGAUUUCAUCGUGGGGGCUUUUUACGACGGGGUCAUGCUCUACGGCCAGGCGGUAAAUGAGACGUUGGCGCUGGGCGGCUCUAUCACCGACGGCUUGGCCAUCACGCUCCAGAUGCGUAACCGGACUUUUCAAGGAAUCACGGGGCUCCUGCGGAUCGAUCAGAACGGAGACCGGGAAAUGGAUCACUCCCUCUGGGAUCUGGAUCCGGCCAGCGGAGUGUUUGAGGUCGUGGCCAUUUACAACGGGACCACCAAGAAGAUCGAAACGAUCCCUGGGAAAAAGAUCCACUGGCCAGGCAACGCCGUUCCGAGGGAGGUGCCCUUUUGCGGGUUUGAAAAUGAAAAUCCGCUUUGCCAGAAAGCCUCGUUUUCCUUGCUGGAGAUCUUGGCGCUCGUGAUGACGUUACUCCUGUUUGGCAUCAUCCUCACAGCCUUCUUUGCCUACCGGUGAGU